AUGGUGGCAACGGAGGGGCUGCGGGAGAUGGAGAGCAGCGCGCUGCGGCGCCUCGUGGGCCGCGACGAGGCGGGCUCGGGCGCCGGGAGGUGCCUGGUGCUGGACUGCCGCCCUUUCCUGGCGCACAGCGCCGGCCACAUCCGCGGCGCCCUCAACGUGCGCUGCAACACGAUCGUGCGCCGGCGGGCCAAGGGCGCCGUGAGCCUGGAGCAGAUCCUGCCGGCCGAGGGCGAGGUGCGGGCGCGGCUCCGCGCGGGGCUCUACGCCGCCGUGGUGGUGUACGACGAGCGGAGCCCCCGCGCCGAGGCGCUGCGCGACGACAGCACCGUGGCGCUCGUGGUGCGCGCGCUGCGCCGCGACACGGCGCGCGCCGACAUCCGCCUCCUCGCAGGGGGCUACGAGCGGUUCUCCUCCGAGUACCCUGAAUUCUGUGCCAAAAGCAAGUCGCUGAGCAGCGGGUCGCCCCCCACCAGCGCCGAACCCCUGGAUCUGGGCUGCAGUUCCUGCGGGACCCCGCUGCAUGACCAGGGUGGACCAGUGGAAAUCCUUCCUUUCCUCUACCUUGGCAGUGCCUACCAUGCCGCCCGGCGGGACAUGCUGGAUGCACUGGGCAUCACGGCCCUGCUGAACGUCUCCUCAGACUGCCCCAAUCACUUUGAGGGGCACUUCCAGUACAAGUGCAUCCCUGUGGAGGAUAACCACAAGGCCGACAUCAGCUCCUGGUUCAUGGAGGCAAUCGAGUACAUUGAUUCGGUGAAGGAGUGCUGUGGCCGGGUCCUGGUCCACUGCCAGGCUGGCAUCUCCCGUUCAGCCACCAUCUGCCUGGCUUACCUGAUGAUGAAGAAGCGCGUGAAGCUGGAGGAGGCCUUUGAGUUUGUCAAGCAGCGCCGGAGCAUCAUCUCCCCCAACUUCAGCUUCAUGGGGCAGCUGCUGCAGUUCGAGUCACAGGUCUUGGCUACCUCCUGCGCGGUGGAGGCCGCCAGCCCCUCGGGGACACUGCGGGAACGGGGCAAGGCCACCUCCACCCCCACCUCCCAGUUUGUCUUCAGCUUCCCGGUGUCUGUGGGGGUCCACGCCGCCCCCAGCAGCCUCCCGUACCUGCACAGCCCCAUCACCACGUCGCCCAGCUGUUAGCUCAGGGGCCGAGGCCGGCCGGGCGUGCGGGGCCGAGCGCGGAGAGGGCAGGCGGGCGCAGAGCCCCGCGAUGUUAAGCAAUAGUGUCGGACACUGCCGUUCACCCGGGACCCCACGGGGGUCUUUUUCGUAGAGAAAUUUCUUACCUCAUUUUUUUGUUGUUGUUGUUGGUGGGGUUUUUUGUUGUUGUUGUUGUUGUUUUAACUUUAUGGAAAAGUUGAGCAGGGAAGUUGGGAAAGCCACAAACUGGGACAGUGCCCAGGCUCUGGUUUUGGGGGGGAGGGAAAAAAACACUGGCUUUCCCCAAGUGCCUGGUAUAAAAAUCUCUGUCCGUCCCUACUUGUUUUUUUAAAAGUAAAAAGAGGAAAAAAAAAAAUCUCCCCCGACCCUUCUCUUUCCCACUCCUGCCUCCUUUGGCUUUUAACAGGGCUUGGAAAGGGAGCGAGCGAUUUCCAUCACGCGCUGCUCUUCCCCCACGGCGCCAGAGGCAGCUGCCUGAGCAUCCUCUGGGGCUCCCUUCCACCCCCCCCCCCAAUAUCCCGCAAGAGGCCGGUUUGUGUGGCUGCUGU